AUGGAUACGACAACAGAUCUUGAUCAAGCCGCAGUCUUUACGCCGGAGCAUAGGGAAUUUGUCGAAAACAAUGGGUAUCUGCUAAUAAGAAAUGCCUUAUCCCCUGAUGUAGUAUCGGAAAUUGAUGCUGCCGUUGAUGAGGUUUAUGCCAAAGAGGAAGCCGCGGGCAGACUUGAGGACGGUGGUAAAUUAAACCUCCGUAACUGCAUCACGCACCACGAGGCAUUCCUCCAACUCCUUGACUGGCAGAAAACGGUGCCGCUCGCCUACGGGGUUCUCAAUUGGAACGUACAGAUGAUUACGUCGCACCUCAUUGCACUCCCCUCAAAAGAGGAACCACCUCCUGAGGUGAAAAACCGCAUCGGUUUGCACCGCGACGGUGGCACGUCACAUGGCGAGAUGCAGGAACCUCACCCUCGCAUCAUGCUCAAGAUUGCUUACGCUAUUAACGACCAAUCCGACCCUGCCUCCGGUGCAACUGUGCUGGUCCCGGGGAGUAACCGAUUGACAGGUAAACCCCCACUUGACCCAGAUACAGGUUGGGCGCGCGGUGCUAUCUCUAUGAACGUCAAUGCGGGAGAUGCCUUCCUCUUUGAACAGCGCACAUGGCACGGCAUUGGACACAACUGGUCCGGUAUGCCACGCAAAACCAUUUUUAUGGGAUAUGCUUACCGCUGGGUCAAACCGAUGGAUUAUAUCACGAUGCCUGAUGAACUGGUUGCCAAAUGCAACCCAAUUCAGAAGCAGUUGAUCGGAGUCGUCAGUGAUCCGCUCAGUUACUAUCUACCGAAGGAACAAGAUGUACCGCUGCGCUCAUUGCUUGGUUCACAGGAUUAG